AAAGGGAGCGCUCCCGCAGCUCGGGUUUGUGCGUUACAUAACCAUACUGCAGGUCCACAGCGACAGUCAGCGUACGUUCAUCUCCAUUCAUCGGUUUACCUCUUCACCAUGGCAGCUCCGAAGAAAGUCUGCAUCGUUGGCUCCGGAAAUUGGGGUUCUGCCAUCGCCAAGAUAGUGGGUGCCAAUGCCGCUCACAACUCAAAAUUUGACAACACUGUAAAGAUGUGGGUGUUUGAGGAGAUGGUGAAUGGGCGCAAAUUGACUGAAAUAAUCAACACUGAACAUGAAAAUGUGAAGUACCUUCCUGGGCACAAGCUACCACCAAAUGUGCUGGCCGUCCCAGACCUGGUGGAGGCAUCCAGUGAUGCUGACAUUUUGGUGUUUGUGAUCCCACACCAGUUCAUUGGGAAAGUGUGUGACACGAUCAAGGGCAAGAUAAAGAAUGACGCUAUAGGGAUAUCCCUUAUCAAGGGUGUAGACGAGGGGCCUGACGGACUUAAACUCAUCUCAGAUGUGAUCCAGGAGAAGCUUGGUAUCACCAUGAGUGUCCUUAUGGGGGCCAACAUUGCCAAUGAAGUUGCUGAUGAGAAGUUUUGUGAGACCACUAUUGGAUGUAAGAAUAAAACCCACGGGGCUCUCCUGAAGGAACUCAUGCAGACCAGCAACUUCCGAGUUACAGUAGUGGAAGAGUACGAUGUGGUAGAAAUCUGUGGAGCCCUGAAGAACAUCGUUGCAGUUGGGGCAGGUUUCUGUGAUGGUCUGGGCUUUGGGGACAACACGAAGGCAGCGGUCAUCAGGUUGGGCCUGAUGGAGAUGAUCGCCUUUGCCCGCAUUUUCUGCACCGCCGGGCCUGUGUCCUCUGCAACCUUCCUGGAGAGCUGCGGCGUGGCCGACCUCAUCACAACCUGCUACGGCGGCCGCAACCGCAAAGUAGCCGAAGCUUUUGUGAAGACGGGGAAGUCCAUUGAGGAGCUGGAGAAAGAGAUGCUGAAUGGUCAGAAGCUGCAGGGACCAGCAACAGCAGCCGAGGUCUACCUCAUCCUCAAGCACAAAAACCUAAUUGACAAGUUCCCACUGUUCAAUGCAGUGUAUCAGAUCUGCUAUCAGGGCCAUCCAGUCUCAGAGUUCAUAAGCUGUUUGCAGAACCACCCAGAGCACAUGUAAAAACAGCAAACUGACCAAGUGCCUUCUAAAUGGAGAACAUUAUCAUUUUUCACUUACCCGUUACCCGACUGAAAUAGAUGGGGAGUGACCAGUCACUCCACAGCUGUCAUGCAACUAUGUGGAUCCAGCCAGUGGAGUGGAGAGGUUGCAUAACAUUUGUGUGUGUUCAGCUCUAGUCCAAUCAUUUUGUUCUUAACAUGCAGUUUCUGAUAUUUUAAGUGCUAAUGGUUGGAUUUUUUUUCCCUCGUGUGAUGUGUCACAUAGCUCUUUUUGCCUGAGUUUUUUGUCAUUGUUUUGCCUUUUUUAUUUUUUCGAGCCACAUGAAAUCAGAAUGCAAAAUGGUGUCACCUUGUGGACAGUAACCACAUUGAAAACACGCUUAACUGGAAAUCAAAAUGAUCGUAAUUCGAUCUGAAUUUUGGGAAACAUUUAUGGAUGACUAUUGACUGCUUUUCAGUUGCUAACAUGUUUGUACAGUAUUUACAUGGCACUACACCAUGCAUUCAGAUUUUGGCCGAGCCAUCCACUCAGGGCAAAGACCUAUUGACAGCCUUCUGUAGAGGGAAUCACCAUUUUCUUAACACUCAUGUUGCCGUCCAGUGAUGCUUGUCCAUCACCACAACCUGUUGUUUAGUUAUAGAUAUAACACCUAACUUUAUGUCUUUGUAUGCUCUAAAGUGUCUUAAAUAAUUCACUUAAUUUCCUGUCUCAUAUUGUAUAAUAACAUUCUGUCAAACGCACAGCACCUGUUUUUAACAAAAAAUGCAAGUGCCUUAGGAUUCACGGUUGCUAAGUCUUGAACCAUUAAUGUGUUGAACACUGUCUCUUUUUUUUUUUUUUUGUCAAACCAAAGACUUGACAAUGUCCGUCCAUUAUGUUGUGAUGUUGUUACUGUGACCCUGUCUGAGGCUGUUCUCACUCAAUAGUACCUAAUAUGUGUUGAAAAUUCUGUCACCAUGUGUCUGUGAAUAAAUGAAUUCAUUCAUCAAAUCACUGCUGGAAUCAUUUUUCACUUUCUCGCAUUAGGAAGGCAAUCAUCGCUAUUGUUUCAACUGCACAGCACCACAGUGGGG